CGAUGAUUCAUUACUGUAUUUUUAUUUGUAGGGGAAGYGCAUGAACAAAACCGAAAACCGAAGAACAUCACCGACGAAACCAAAAUUGCAACGCGACAAUUCCAAGACGGAAAGAGCUCCGAACAAGUCAGUCGGGAAUUGAGUGGCCUUGCYCGUUGCCGACGAAUGUCGAUCGGAGAAUCGAACACCGGUCGGGACACUGAUAGAUAAUGAAACAAGAGAACCGCCGUUUUGUUUCAAGUAGGUCCACCACACGAGCAACACGAAACAAGAACCGGAAGACACCCGAAUCCUUCCGGACGGAAACUCGACCACCACCACCAGCGUCCACCGCCGGAACGAAAUCGUGCAACGGGAACAGAGGUGCCUCUGGUCCUGCGACCGUGAACCUUCGUCGGUUAUUAAUUUUUUUCAUCCUGAUAUCCACCAGCUACUGUACCCCGACGACGUCUCUCUCCCCUCUCGGACUGUACAAGGUUGGAGUAGGGGCCACCAAUUUGAUAGAGAAUAUCUUGGCGGGCAGCACCAACAGCGGUAGGACCAAGCCCAUCGUUACGGAAAGCAGUAGCGGCAUCGUCCAUCAAAGCAGGGGCGUGACCCUCGGCAACAGCGAGAGCAUAAGCAAAGAGAAGCACAGCAGCAGCAGCACUACUACUACUACUACUAACAACAACAACAACACCAAGAAAACGAACAAAACCAAGAGGCGCGACAAAAACAAGAACAGCCUCAAACGCAGCAACAGCCGCCACAAAAAGAACUCCGGGAAGGAAAAGACAGUCCCCGGCACCAAGGGAAGCCUGCGGCACAGCGAAAGCAAGGGGGACGAAGACAACCAGGCACCGUCACUCGGAGAAGACAGCGAGGAAGAAGACGGCACCAUGCUGCGCAUCCGGGGGCUCUCCGAGGACGACMAAAAGUUCCUGGACCGGGUGCAGACGUCGGCCCGAACGGUACGGAACUGGGACGCCGACGAGGAACUCCUGAAGAAAUGCCGGUCCCAUGUUCCGUGGRAAGAACUCGCGGACGACGCCCACGAGAAAUACGCCAACGCGGUGGAGGACCGGUUCCUGCGGAGCGGAUGCGGCGCCGACUCGAACGCCCUGUUUUUGCAGCGGCUCUGCCGGUGGUUCCCGACCUUUAUGACCUGGGUGAACGCGCCGCCCUGCAGCGUGUGCGGGUGCAAGGACACCGAGAUGAAGACGGUCCGGGGACCGGAAUCCGCGGAGGAGAUCGACGGGGAGGCACGKCGGGUGGAAGGUGAGUCCUUUGUUUUGUGUUGCGUGACGUUGCGUUGCGUUGCGUUCUUUGGCGUGCGGUUGCCCUUGGAUUGGAGGGGAACCGAAACCGGYUGUGAGACGCCCGGGGCAUUGCAAAGCGCUGGCUCGGAGCUCACGCAUCGCGUUGCCUCGCACCGUGAUUCUCGUUCGUCCACGCGACUGCCACAGUAUAUUAUUGUCCGGAUUGCAAGGCCAACACGACAACCUUUCCGCGGUACAACAAAGCCAGCAAACUGCUCGAGACACGCAGGGGUCGAUGCGGAGAAUACGCCAACCUCUUUGGCCUGUUUUGCCGAUCCGUCGGGUUCGAAACGCGAAUGGUAUUGGACUGGAGCGAUCACCUUUGGACAGAGGUGCGGCUGGGCGAUGCCUGGGUCAUGGCAGACGGCUGCGAGGGGACGAUCGACAAAGCCAGCAUGUACGAGCACGGCUGGGGCAAAGACAGCUUCAGCUACAUGAUUGGCAUCGGGGCCGACCACGUCGUGGACGUCACGCCACGAUACACACGCAAAUUCAUGACGGACGAUCUGCAAACGAGGCGGCGGGAGCACACCACGUCGGAAGAAGUUGGCGAAUCCAUGCURCAAAAACUGAACGAGCACAUGAGGACRAACCCCACGGUGCUGCCAAAAUCAAGGGUCGAAGAACUGGUYCGGCGCCUCAAACUAGAGCACGCGGAGCUACAGCAGUCCAAGCAGGCCACCGAAUGGACCGACCAGGAGAAAUACGGCAGCGGACGCAUCAGUGGAUCGCUCGCGUGGAAGCAAUCGCGCCGGGAAGACGGCAACAAACAGGAUCGAUCUUCGGCGGCAGAAACAAACUCGACAACAACGGACGCAGACCGUGAAGUGGCCGGUUUUCCGGCAGAGGCAUUCGUCCCCGCGAGAUUGGAGAACGGAAGGGUCUCGUUUCGACUCCGUGCUACCCCUACSGGUAGGCACGACGGAAUCGUCGUGUCCGAGACCCCGUGUGCAGUGGGAGUCAARGAUUCGGUCUCGCUAGUGGUCGUCGACGACAACCACGAAUCCUUCGGGUGCAUUCUCCAAUCGAAAUCAUUCGUGGAUUGGUCAAGGAUUGUCGAAUUUCURGAUCGCCUUCCGGCCGGACGAAUCGUGCUCAUGAAYGGAAAGAUAGAGAUUGGAAACGAAACCAAGGCAGAAGAUUUCUACGGGGAAGUCAAAAUCCCRCGGCUCGGCGGAUGGAACGGAGAGGAAGUGGCCAGGGAAGGAGUUCUUUUUGCGGGCCAAGUAGACGCACACCCCGACUGGACCUUUUGUGAACCGCUGAAAGARACCAAGGGAUACGAAUUCGAGAUCGAASUGCAAAACAGCGAGAAYGGAAGCGRAGACGAGGUCGCCAACCUUCGGCUGCGAACCGAGCGAGCAUCGUUCCCUCAACGCAUCGCGGGGCGYUUGCCAGAAGCGUUCAUGCCGUUGACCACGCAACAAAACGGGGCAACCGAGAGAGAAAAACGCGAGGCCUAUCUUCGGUUCGCGAAAUCACACGGGGGCCGGUACUGCGGCUACACUACCCGGAAAAACAGCCCGGUGUACCUGCUCAAUUCCACCGCGUAUCCAUUGCAAACAGUGGAUGCGGUGGCCACGAACAUUCUUGGAGAGGAUGUCGCAUGGAACACCUUUCUCGAGCUUCCAGAACCUCUGGUGCCAACCUCCGACUGUGGCAUCGASGACGCACCCUCGAGCGGGUCGUCUCGGCCAAUCUACGACGUACCGCUGGAUUCAAGCUUUUUCAGAUCGUCUCUAGGACCRCAUCUGCUUUCGGGCGUGGAUYUGAGAAUGGACACUGCGGAUGCGUUGUCGAACGCUCGCUUGAUUGCUCUUUAUUUUUCGGCUCAYUGGUAGGUACCUAUAAUCGCGGCCUUUUUUGGUUGCCGUGUUCUCUUUUCUUGGAKAUCCUGUCUAACACUGG